UCUUCAACAAAUCACGCAGGUCCAUCAUCAUCAUCAUCUUCAUCGUCAUCACCAACUUCUUCAUCAUCACCAUCAAUGGAAUUCCCCAAACCAAACCACUUUUUACCCUAAAAAUUCGAUUCCUUUUAUCUUCCUCUCUUUAGUUUUGUAGGGUUUUUCUUCUUCUUUUUAUUUUAUUUUUCUUCUUCCAGAUUUUUAACUCUUAAAUUAGUUUGUUUGAGUUCUCGUCCCUGUAGCUUCGUUUCUGUUUAUAAUUUCUAGUGAUCCUUUCAGUACAAACCAUAAAAAAAAAAACCUAAUUUCACAAACCCACCGACUUCUUCUUCUUCUCUCUCUCUGUCUCUGGCCCAUCCUUGAAACCCACUCUGCUUUUGCUUUUCUUUUUUUUUUUCCGGGAAAUUUGAUCUCUUUUUUCCUCUCGUCAUUAUUUGUAGGGAUGAUCUUUUAGUUUUUGUUUUGUUUUCCCCCAAAAUUCUCACUUUUUUUCUCGCUUCAUCUUCACAUAACCGAGUAAACCCUAGAAUUCUCCCCCCCCCUUCUAAUAUUCCAAUGGGUUUCAUCAGUCACUGUGCUUAAUCAUGUCUAGGGUUUACUUGGUUUCCUUUAUUAUCACUUUGAAGUAAAUAAUUGAUCAUCCUCUUUUUUGCUUUGGCAUAAAGUUUCCAUUUUUUUCUUCUCUCUCCCUCUCUUUCUCAGUCCUCUGUAAUCAUGGCGUACCAGUCAGUUCCGGGUUCUGGGUUUCACUACUUGAAUUCUCCUUUUGGUGAUACAACUUUCACAAAGGUAUUCGUCGGUGGACUUGCUUGGGAGACUCAAAGUGAAACCCUUCGUCGCCAUUUCGAACAGUACGGUGAAAUCCUUGAAGCUGUUGUCAUUGCUGAUAAGAACACUGGCCGAUCCAAAGGAUAUGGCUUUGUGACUUUCCGAGAUCCAGAAGCUGCUAGGAGAGCUUGUGUUGACCCAACUCCCAUUAUUGAUGGUAGACGUGCAAACUGUAAUCUUGCUUCCCUUGGGAGACCUCGCCCUCCAUUGCCCUAUGCAUUGAUACCUAGUAUGCCUGGUCAGUGUCUUCCACCUGCAGGUUUAUAUGGUCCAUACAUGGGUCAGCAGUACCUUCAGGUCUAUGGAGUACCUGGGGCAGUGAAUUCACCCGUUUAUCAAUAUGGGCAAUUAAGUCAGACUAUUCCCAGUGGCCAGGGUUAUACAGCAGUUCAAGGGUAUUCAGUUCCAGGAAGCCAUGUUCUGCAGCUUGGUGGACCUACUGUCAGUGCGAUGACCACUUCAUCUAUGUCUGCUCUUCAAGCUCCAUACCCUUCAGGUAUACCAGGCCCUGCUCCUGUACAGUCGCAUAUCAUUGUCCACUCCCCUCAAUUUAUGCAGAGUAGUGGUUCUGACCAAACAACAAGUUAUUCUUGAAGACUGAGGAGAAAAGGAAGUUAAGCGGUAGCAAAACUGCUACUUAAGGUGGCAGCAGAGGCUUCCUGUUUUAUUAAGUCUUGCACGUUAUUUAUCAUGCAUCCUAAAAGGUUAUAUAAAAUAGUCUUGCUCACUAGAAAGGCGCAGAAGGAAACAAGAAAAGGAAAUUGGAGUUACAGGGUUUGUGCUUCUGUUUUCUUACCCAUCCAUCAAUGUGUAUAAAACACAGCCACACAAGCAGCUGCUGGCUCGAGCUCGGGUUGAGUUUGAAGGCACUAUAAUGGUUUUGCCCUCGGGAGGGGAAAACCGUUAGUAAUAAGUUGGUGUACAAUAUGCAUAUAUAUAUAUAUAUAGACACACAUACACAAGCAUAUACAUGGUAGAAUCAAAUUCUGAUUCUUUUAUAGUCUAAAAGUCGUAAUACCACUACACUUCCUUCAGGUAGAGGAGUGUAGUGAGUAUCAUUGAUAGGUACAUAGCCUUUGUCCCCAGGUCCUGCAUUGUAAGUAAAACAUGUUCAUGUUCUCGUUUGUUACUGUGCA